CCUCCUCUCCGUCUCCCUCCCCUCUCCAGGAGCCGCACUGAGCUGUGGGGCUGGGACAUUCCUGGUUUGACGACCGGCCUCGCCGCUGCCAUGAUUUGCUGAGCAAUUCGACACUGGCUUCAAAGAUGCGUGUGUGGAAGAAGCUGCGGUACUAGAGACGGAGACGUUACAGUAACGGGUUGGGAAACACAGAACGAGUGCGUGAGCGCACCAAACCGGGACGUAACCCCUUUAUUGAAACGCACGGACUCCGAACUUAACAGGAGAAAACUCUUCACCACCUCAGCUCGAGUUUAGAUCAGGGGAGGUGUCGCACCUUAACCCGAAGCCUGCGCUGCGCUGCGGGUCUGAAAACGAUCUUCUCUCCUUCACCUUCGGUUGUUUCCAUGUUCCUUCUGUCGUCGCAUACUUUCAGCCCGUGUCUAAUGGAGGGCCCCGUACGGAUUUGUUACCAGGAGAAUGCGCUUUGCUGCUGAUUCAGCCGACGGCUCGCAGCUUUUGCCCUCCUGCAAGAGAGUUUUGCUGAACAGACGAGGGCGUCCGUGCCCGGCAACACGGCUGCUGACAGGGGUCAAAGGGCACCAUGGACAGUGGCCUAAGGGUCCUCCUGUCCACUGUGCUGUGUCUCAGCCAGUCUCUGCUUAUCAGCUGCUCAUCUCAGUAUCCCUUUUUCCGCUCUGAGCCCGCCUCCUUGGUCCAGGGUCAAGACUCUGUCGCUCGUCUGCACUGCGUAGUGAGUCCGUCAUCAGCUGUGGUUUCCUGGCGCUUCAGAGGCCUUCCCCUGGACCGGGGCGCCCUGCCUGGUGUAGAGCUCAACGGGGCCUCACUCACCAUUUCCUCCCUUAAGCCCAGCCAUGUUGGCGUCUAUCAAUGUGCUGCACGCUUAGACCACGGGCCAGCUAUUGCCAGCCGUCUGGCGCGUGUCACCAUAGCAGAAAUAUCGGAAUAUGAAGAUGGCAGGCGGCGGUCGUUAUCAGUGCAGGAAGGCAGCACUGUUCUUAUAGAGUGUCCUCUACCACACAGUGUCCCUCCAGCCGUUCCUAAACUACGAGUACAAGGGGAGUGGAUAGAAGUGUCAACAGAUGACUAUUUAGUCCUUCCGUCUGGAAACCUCCAGAUAGUCUCUGUUUCAUCCCAGCAUCAGGGCAUGUAUAAAUGUGGCGCAUUCAAUCCUGUUACUGGGAAAACUGUCAUGCAGCCUCAUGGUACUAAGCUAUCAGUGAAAUAUUCAGACUCCUCCGCCUCAGUGCGGAUAGCGUACCCCGCCGCCCCAGUGACUGUUUCAGUGCAGCAGUCGCAGCCGCUGACUCUGGAGUGUAUCGUGUCUGGAAGUCCUGCACCGGCUGCCACAUGGUUUAAGAAUGGUAAGAAGGUCGCACUGGGGCCUUCUCACCGAAGACGGUACAACAACCUAGCCUUUGAUACGGUGGCACAGAGCGACGAAGGGACUUACAUCUGUACUGCUGAGACUGAGCAGGGGACUGUGAUCAGUGCCAACUAUACUGUGAAUAUUCUUGAGCCUGUGUCUAUCAUGGAAGGCCUGACCAAGCAGCUCGUCUCUCCUGGCUCCUCUGCUCGUUUUGCCUGCAUAGCGAGAGGAAACCCCUCCCCAAACAUCACCUGGCUGUUCAACGCUGAUCCCAUCACCCCAUCGCAGCGCUUUCAGAUCUCUGGAUCCUCUCUGGUUAUUACAGAAAUCACGGCACAAGAUGAGGGAGUUUAUCAGUGUCUGCUGGACAAUGGGAUUGGCUCGACACAGUCAUAUGGAACACUUAUGGUACAAUCAGAGCCACAGCUGGGCUCUGCUGCCAGUGUGCUGCUGGAGGCAUUGCCAUCGCUUCCCCCCAUGCAGAGCGACGAGGGCCAUGAGCACUUUCUGACCGAAGACGAAGUCGACACCACCAACCUGCAAGCUGAGAGGAGCGGCGACCGCACUACUCCAGAGGCACCGAUCAUCAUCAGCCCGCCUCAGACUCACAAGCCUGAUGUGUAUGACCUGGAGUGGAGGGCGGGCCGUGAUGUAGGCAGUCCAAUCAACGCCUAUUUUGUUAAAUAUCGAAAGGUGAGUUGGAGUUCGGCGGGGGGGGCCCAGCCAGCCAUGCUCACCUUCCGCACCGGCAAAGAGAAGAGCACCUCCUCCAUCAAGAAUCCAUCCAAGCCUCCUGUCAUCUCAAUGCCCCCCAAAGCUCCAGAAGACAAAACUCCCAACACACACUUUGGAGUCGUCAUACAUGACAGAGUACCCGAAGCCCCCGAUCGCCCGACCAUCUCCAUGGCAACUGAAAGUUCAGUGUAUGUCACCUGGAUCCCAAGAGCCAAUGGUGGCUCUCCCAUCGCAGCUUUCCGUGUCGAGUACAGACGCGGCCGCAGCGCAGAGUGGAUUGUGGCUGCAGACAAUAUUUCUCCACUCAAACUGUCUGUGGAAGUUCGCAGUCUGGAGCCUGGUUCCACUUACAAGUUUCGUGUCGUAGCCAUGAACAUGUACGGCGAGAGUCCUCACAGCGUUCCCUCAAAACCGUACCAGGUGCCACAAGCCAGUCCACGAAUGGCAGAUCGUCCUGUGGUUGGACCUCACAUCUCCUCCACAGAUGCCAUCAGCGAUACACAGAUCAUGCUGCGCUGGACUUACAGUCCCUCAAGUAACAACAACACCCCCAUCCAAGGUUUCUAUAUUUACUACCGACCCACAGACAGCGACAAUGACAGCGACUACAAAAGGGAUGUGGUCGAAGGUGUAAAACACUGGCACAUGAUUGGGCAUCUCCAGCCUGAGACCUCCUACGAUAUCAAGAUGCAGUGCUUUAAUGACGGAGGAGAGAGUGAAUACAGCAACGUCAUGAUCUGCGAGACCAAAGCACGUCAGUCACCGGGGUCGCCCAGUCAGCACCCUGUCACCCCACCUGGCACCCACGCCCAGGAGUCGCCCAGCUCUACUGGAGGACUGCUGUACCUGAUUGUAGGCUGUGUUUUGGGAGUGAUGGUGCUCAUCCUGCUUGCUUUUAUCGCCAUGUGUCUGUGGCGAAAUCGCCAACAUAACAACAUGCACAAGUAUGACCCUCCUGGGUACCUGUGCCAGCCAGCGGAGAUGAGCGGCCAUGUUCUGGAGUACACCACGCUGCCCGGCACCAGCCACAUCAAUGGGAGCAUCCACGGGGGCUACGGACACGGUGGCCCCAUGUUAUCCCAAGGGUGCCAUCACCACCACCACAAACUCACCAAUGGCUUGGCGCUGCUCAACGGCUCCGGUGGCCCGUUCUCACCUGGCCUCCCACAUGGCCACGAUGGCACCCUGCCCCACAGCACGCGGGACUGCGAGCACUCACACCCUCACCACCACCUUAACGGUGGAGGCAUGUACACAGCUCUUCCCCAAACAGAGUCCUCUGACUGCAUGAGCUGUCAGAACCUCUGCAACAACAACAGAUGUUACAACAAGGCCAACGGCACUUUCUCCAGCGGCACUCUGUCUCUAAUGCAUCAUGUGGCACCAUGCCAGCAGGACGGGCUGGAGAUGGUGCCUCUGGGCCAGGUUUCCUCACAGUGCCACGGCCCUGACAGCCAGAUGCACUCUGGUGACCAGGAGGCCGAUGGAGGGCACCGGCCAGACGAGCACAAGGGAUCCUCGCCCUCGCAGCAUCCCUGCUGUCUGGUCGGGAAUAAUGAAAACUGUCCAGCAGACAAUACUGCCGAGGAGGAGCUAGAGUGCUUGGACACAGAGGGGCCUGUGGUGUGCUGGGAGAGUCUUGGCCUGCCAGACUUGGACUGUGACGAAAAGCCUGGGUGGAUCUCCAAUAGCAGCCUGGCAGGAGAGCUGAUCCAGCCCGGCCCACAGGAGGUCUGAGUUCAACCCACACACAAACACUCUUCUGCAGUGUGGAGGGUUUAGAGAAGCAGUUGUGGAAAUGUCACAGAGAAAGGACAGCGAUGGGAUUGUCAGAGACACUGUGCUAUGAGGACAAGGACACUAUUGGGGGACUGUGCUGAGACGAGCGAUGUGGGGAAAAGAGCGACUGGGAGCAAAGCCAGAAGGAGAGAAUCGUAGAGAGAAAAGGGAGCAUUGCUCAAAGACAAUCUAUAUCCCACUGGAGGGAAGGCUCUCGUAAAAGAUCAAAAACUCUUUAAAUGACUUAUUUAUUUUUUGUAGUAGUAAAAUAUUAUUUCAUAUGAAUGUAUCUGUUCUAAAGAAAAAAGUUUGUAUUUUAUAUUAUUUAAGGCUUUUGAAUGAGAAAUACUUUUUAUUUUUUUGUUGUUUUGUCCCUCGGUGUUCCACUGCAGUGUGGAGAUUAGCAAUUGUCUGUGUAAAGUUUUGUAAUAAUAUAAAGAGAAGAUAUGGAAGAGUAAACAACAACCUAUUUUCAGUUUCUUUCCUCCCCUCGUCCAUGUCUGAUGCUCGAUGAAUGACUUGCCAGAGUGAAGCUCCCAGCCUCGAUGCAAACCCAUCGAUAUUUGUGGCAGACCUUUGAUGUGGCUCUGUGUCGGGCUGUUCCGCUGCACUGACCCCUGAACAGGGUGAACACUCCCUUCACUGUUCACAUUAAGGCUUCUGCUCCUUGCUUCAGUGAAUCCUUGAUAGCUCAUCAUUUUACACAAAAUGCUGUGCUUGAUGUGAGAGCACUGUUGACCUACUGGCCCCAAUCUGUUGGAGAUGAGGAGGAGUUACAUUAAAACCGGAUUGUUAAGUAUGUGC